AUGUUGGGACAACUAGUGAAGCUCAAGGUUUUCAGGCUUUACAUCCUUGGCAUCUAUGAAAAUAAACCUGAAGCAUCAGAUGAUACCAAGCAAACAGGAUGCGCGGGAGGCGGCGCGGCGCGUGCGCGCGCUGGCGGCGUUGGCGGCGGCGCAGUCCCGGCCCGCGCCCGCGGCGCCCCCGCUGCGGCCCGAGCUCGGUGCGCAGCCAUGGAGCGGCCGCCCCGGCAGCCGCAGCCGCAGCCGCAGCCGCGCGCGGGGCCCCGGGCGCCGCCGCUGCUGCUGCCGCCGCCGCCGCCGCCGCCGCUGCUGCUGCUGCUGCUGCUGGCCGGGCUCGCCGCCUGCGCCGCCAGCCCCGCGGACGACGGCGCGGGCCCGGGGGGUCGGGGACCCCGGGGCCGCGCGCGGGGGGACGCGGGCGCCGCCGACGAGACGGGGCCGCGCCACGACUCCUCCUAUGGCACCUUCGCGGGCGAGUUCUACGACCUGCGCUACCUGUCCGAGGAGGGUUACCCUUUCCCUACUGCUCCUCCUGUGGACCCAUUUGCCAAAAUCAAAGUGGAAGACUGUGGAAAAACUAAGGGGUGCUUUAGAUAUGGCAAACCCGGCUGUAACGCUGAGACCUGCGACUACUUCCUUAGCUACCGAAUAAUAGGGGCUGAUGUGGAGUUUGAGCUCAGUGCAGACACGGAUGGUUGGGUAGCCGUUGGAUUCUCUUCCGACAAGAAAAUGGGAGGCGACGACGUCAUGGCCUGCGUUCAUGAUGACAAUGGCAGGGUCCGAAUACAGCACUUCUAUAAUGUUGGCCAGUGGGCAAAGGAGAUUCAGCGAAAUCCUGCCAGGGACGAAGAAGGGGUUUUUGAGAACAACCGGGUCACCUGCAGGUUUAAACGUCCCGUGAAUGUUCCUAGAGAAGAAACCAUUGUUGAUCUGCAUUUGAGCUGGUAUUACCUCUUUGCUUGGGGUCCCGCCAUUCAAGGCUCUAUUACUCGACAUGAUAUAGACUCGCCACCAACUUCCGAGCGUGUUGUCAGUAUUUACAAGUAUGAAGACAUUUUCAUGCCGUCAGCUGCGUAUCAGACCUUCUCCUCUCCAUUCUGUUUGCUUCUCAUUGUUGCCCUGACUUUCUACUUAUUGAUGGGAACCCCUUAAUCAUAGCUGCAAAGCCAGCACUGGGCUUAGAAAAUCUUUAGUACAAAUAACUUUUAAAAGGAUGCGUAGUAUGAUUUUAGCUCGUCAUUUUUAAAAGACUCAUAAUUUUGUUUUUUUCAAAAGCAAGCAAGUUGCUUUUCCAGCAAAAGAAGAUUGUUUAAUAAUGACACCAUGGUUUGGGAAAGUAUCUUGAACUUUUCUAAGAACUUUCAAAAUUUUUUAAUUGAGCUUAUAGCGUCUCUGUGUUGGCUCGAUGAAAAUUAUUAUUGCCAUCUAACUGAACAGGAUUUGAGACCCAGGAGGGUUAUCUAUUUAUAACCCACAUGCCAUGUAGCCUUAGAUAGGGAAUCAAAUAAUAUAAUACAUAGCCAGAUAGAGUAUGAGCUAGGCAUACAAACCCCAUUUCUAAACAAACUUAAGUCUUCCAACUAGCUCAAGAGAGAGUCUUGGUGUGAUACACUAAGAGAAGGUCAGAGGUUACUCCAGGUUCAUAGUCAGCCUUUCAGAAAGAGUCAUUUUUCACAUUUCCAUGAAGAUGAAUGCUUUGGACUAUUCAUACAUUGGUGGGGAGAGGAGGAGAGAUUACAGUAAUAUCAGAGUGCUCCGUGUUUAUUCAAAGUUGUUGGGAAGAGGGCUAGUAUAGGAAUCAAGGCACUUGCCUUGCACUUGGCUGACCCAAGUCUGGCCCCUCAAGUGCUCCCUGAAUUCCAUCAUGAGUGAUUCUUGACCACAGAACCACGAGUAAUUCCUGAGCACAGCUGAGUGUGCCCCCCCAAAUGAAAACAACAUUUUUCCCCCAACAGCAAAAAUUCUUACUGCUGUUUAGUAAAGGUUAGAGAUGAAAUUAUAACUAGUACAGCGGGUACUUACUUGCCUUGCGUGUGGCCAGUCUGAAUUCAGUCCCUAGCAUCCCAUGUGGUCCCCAAACACCAGAAAAUCUCUGGGUGUGGCCCAAAGUCCCAGCCCAAAAAGAAAAGAAAUAAAAUUGCUCGUGUUCCUGAGAACAAAAUUAUAUGAAUAAUAAAAUACAGACAUUCUUACAAUUAAUAUUUAGACUCUUCUGUAGCUUUUUAAAUAGUGGGCAUUUUUAGAAGAUCAACUUUGGUUUCUUCUACCCCUGUCUUUAUUUUCAGGGGCCAUACUCAGCGGUCCUCAGAGCCAGCUUGUGGCUCUAAGCUUAGGGAUCACCUCUUCCGGUGGGGUUUGGGAAGCCAUAUGUGGUAGCAGGCAUCAAACCCAGGUGGGCCACAUUCAAGGCAAGUGUCUUACCUGCUGUGCUUUUUCUCUGGCCUCCACGGUAUUUUAUAAGGUAUUCAUCUGAUUUUGUAGUCAGAGUCUGCAUAUGUUGAUUGAGUAUGACAAAAUGUAUACUCUAGUAAACAAAUCAUCUUAAUGAAAGUUUAAGACAUUUUGAUAUUCAACAUUUUGGAGAUUUAGAGUAGAAACUUUCUAAAGAUGAUCUUUUUUUUUGUUUUUUAAUUAGAAAAUGGGAAAUGUCAUGUAAUGAGUUGACUCAGAGUAUCCAUUCAAAUACUCAGUUUUGUAAAUUGGGCUGGAAGUCAGCGUAAUAUAUAAUAAUGAGUCGACUUAACGCAUUUCCAUUUCCCAGGGGAAUUCAAAUGUCCCUUUGUUUCAAAGUCUGUGCCAGUGCAGUGGUCCAUGUCAAGGAAAAGAGCUAAUGGGCCUAACUGCACUCUGCUGGGACGUUUCCAUCGUAGAGUUUGAGAGUUACCUGGCUGGCUACCCUGGUUUUAAACCUGGCCCCACCCUGGUGAUUAAAUAUCGUUAGGGACUGUGAUUUCUAGUCACAUCCUUGGAAUUCAUGUCAAGAGUAAAUAUCCUUCUGAGGAAAGAACUUUCAAAUUUUUCUAGAACUUCAAAACUAAGGAAAGCAUGCAAGAUUUGGUGACAUUGCAGAUUUACCAGAUCACCUGAGGAGUGUUGGUGAAAUGGUCCAAGCUGCAGAUGGGGAGACAUCACGACAUCGAGGGGGUGACUGGUGUGAGUAGGACUCAAACUCAGGUUAUUUGGGUCAUGGCCGUGGCUCUCCCAGCCUACCAUAGCACUGAAAUUCAGCCCUCGGAUCCUGGCCGACGUGAUCCUCUGCUUAUGAAUCACUUUCUAUGCUAAGGAGGUGGCUUAGUAUUGAGGAGACUUGAGUUACAACCCAUGUUGUAAAUAAGAAAAACAACUAUUUUUAUAUUUCACUCUCCUGUGUAUAAUAUUUCCACUCUAAAUGGGUGAAAACAUGAAGGGAAUUUUCAGUGAGCCUCUGCAGUGGGCAGGAAAGGCAGCAAUGAGUAGGUUUUACCUUCUGUUUGCAUUUCAAGUCAAGCUGAUUAGUUCAUCAUUUGUUUCUUCGUUGAUGAUCAGUUUUGAAUAUUUGUGCUGCUGUAAAAAUGGUCAACACCGUCUUAUUGCCAUUCAGGUGAAAUGUAAACCAUUUGGUCAUUGCUUCCAGCAUCAUCGUUUGUCACUCCUCACACGCGUUGUCCCAGCAAGACAGAAACUGCUCUCACUCUGCACAUGUGCUUUCUCUUCUCUCUGCACUUGCUCACCACUUCCUGUACUUGUUGACUUCCCACCUACCUUUCAGAUCACAACUUACAUAUUUCCUUCUCCAUAUUUCCUAACCCUUGUCCAGGAGACAGAGACCUGUCUCCUGGACAAGGGUUAGGCCUCUGUCAAGGAUACGCAUGGCACACAGGGAUUCCCCAUCAGGAUACUAAUGUCACCUCCCUUGACUGGAUUGGCCUUUCUGCUCACUUCCUGAUCUGGGACCAUUCUUGUUACUCAUCAUUGUAACAAAUACCUAAUAAGUACUCAAACAUUCAUUUGUGGAAUGAGUGAAUACAUGAACUAUAUUUCUACGUUAAGCUUGGAUCAGAAGGAUUGUAUUUCAUAUAUGCUGCCAGACUGGCUAAUGUUUUAUAUUCUUCCACUUUUGAGCAAAUGUUAUUCCUUCCUCCAUACUGAACUCUGGACAUAAAUUUAAAAUAAUUCCUAAGAGUACUGUUUAGCCCUGCAAAACAAAAUUGAUGUCUUUAAUGUAAGUGUUCAGAAGUAAGAAUUCAUACAUCAGAAGUGAAGAACAGCACUGAACCACAUCCCAGAGAAUUGUCAGCUUCUAGACACGCUGAUGAUGUUUGAAGCCUUAGACUUCAUCUUCUCUCAUUCUUACCUACUGUAAGAGAUCCGAUUUCUAUUAUCUCCAUAUUUCAUUUUCUGACUUAGUACUUGUAUUAGGGGAGAUGCCCAGCAGUUUUUAUAAAUGCCUGAAUAAAAAUGCUAGCUAAAUGUAUCUAGUGCUGUUCUAAGCACUUUACAUGAAUUAACUUAUUUAAUUCUCAUAACAACAACUGUAUGAAGGAGAUUUUACUUUACAGAUGAAGAAACUGUUAUUAGUCAUCGGCAUAAAUUACUGCUGUCAAGGACUUUAAAAACCUUUUAAUCCAAAGCACUUAUUUUAGAAAGGGGCAGGCCUCGGAAAGUGAUAUGAUUUCCUAUACAUUCAGGCCUGCAUGCACACUCAUUAAAAUACUGGUUAAAUGACAGCCAGGGUGGUAGGAUAGCGGGUAGAGCACUUGCCUUGCAUGCAGCCAAUCCGGGUUUGAUUCCCAGCAACCUGAGUCCUGCUUAGGAGUUAUCUCUAAGCACAGAGCCAAGAAUAAACCCUGAGCACAGGGUGUGACCCCAAUCUGGGAAGGGGGUAUGUGCAAAGAAAACGGAAGUUAUUAAACGGAAGUUACUAACCACAUUCAGAUUAUUCACUUUUCUUUGCUCUGGUGUACAAUGAAUAGUAAGUAGUGCUGUUUGUAGUUAUAUUUGGGGAAAGAGAUCCAUUUUACAAUUUUCAAAAUAUUUUAAUCCUUCGCCGGUCAUUUUAAGGCUUUUAAUCGUUUUUUAAAAAAUAAUGUACAGAUCAGAUACAAUUGGCAAAAUAUAUUUGUCUCAGUUAAUUCUUACACAUGACUAGCCCGAAACCUAGGCCUUCUUCCUAGUCCCCUCCACUUCUUUGCUGUAGUGUCAAAGAUGAAUUUAUAAUCAUGAUUCAGAUGAAAGGCAGAGGCUAUAUUUAGCUGCCUUAAGUUCGCUUUUAUCAAUAAGGAAAUCAAAAGUUGGGACCACACAAAGAUGGAUCUCUAUCUUGAUGGCUUUUAAGUUCUCUGCCUGUCUUUAAGAUACUGUGCUGGGGGUAAUGGUCCAGCUGCAACUUUUGCUCAUUCUUAGGCUAAGCUCCAAAUUAGCAAGCCUUUCCUGUAAAAGGGCAGAUACUAGGUGUUUUCAGGCGUCACAGUCUGUUUCUUUUGAUCAGCUCUGUCUUCAUGAUGCAUAAAUCACUGAGCAUGGCUGUACUCCAACGAAACUUCAUUGACACUGAAAUGUAAAUGUCGUGUCAUGUUCACUUGUCACAAUCGUUCUUCUUUGGAUUGUUUGAUAAACAUUCCGAAUGUUUCAGCCCUUCCUAACUUGUGGCAUAACAGGUUGAGCAGCCUGGGUCUGUGGACUCACAGUCCUACUUUGUUCUCUUGUAGAGGACAAAACUCUGUGUUUUGAUCAACUGUUAAGGACACCAUCUUAAUAUGGCUUCGUUAAUUUAGCACAGGUUAAUUGUAACAAUCAGUAAUUUGUAUGCGAAAUGACAGUUGACUUGUUGAUAUCCUGAGAAAGGCAUUCCCAAGCAUGGCAUUCUAGUACAGUUUCCAAAACUGACGGACAAGAGGUGGCAGUACAGAGAGAACCAGGGAACGGCAGUUUUUCACCUAGUUGGCAAGCAUGGAUGACUUGAUGCUUAAUUGCUCUUCAUGGUGGGAAUGAUAACAUCUCAGAGUCAUUCAUUUCCUUCUAGCUAUUUCAGAAAGUUCUACAUCUGCUACAUCCAUCUGACUAUGACAUCGGCCUGUGUAGAUAGGGAAAAAAUGUUCAAGAAUCACCACAGUAGGUCAAAUGCUGAGCUAUGUUAUACUUUGUUGUAUAUAAACGUAUUGAAUGUCCUUGUUCUUGAAACAGAAUUGGUCACGUUUAGUGAACCAGUUGAUGAUUCUUACUAUACUUGUAUAUAUUUGUAAAUACAUGAUGAGGGGUGUGUAUGUGUGUGUGUGUAUUUGUUUAUACAUAAAUUCCUAUAGCUACCACAAUCGUUUGAAGGUCUUUGCUAGGAUCAUUUCUGAUUCAGAUUUCCUGAAUACAUUAAGCCCAAGAGAGAAAUGAUUGUGCAUCACUGCAGGCAAAACAACUCUAGAGUUGAUUGUCAUUUAGUUUGUAAAAAGGAUUACUGAAUUCUUUCUCAUGCUUUGCCUCCUUUGCUGUACAUGAUACGAAUUGUUGAUUGUGUGUGAUGUAUCAUCAUUGAUGAUAUCCUGAUACUUCCCUAUACUGUUAAGAAAACUACGACUAGUGUGUUAACAGUAAAUGGCAUGUUGAUGCAACCUAUACAUUUUAUUUAAAACAUUUUUAGAUUCCUUCUGCAAUUACUCAACUAUUUAGUUUCAGGUAGAACUUCUUUGUUUUAUAUUUAACAGAUGACUUGAGUAUAAGUUCCUUUUCUUGAAAAUAGUGGGUAUGCUCGUGUGAUUUUUAAGUAUGGAAACAUGUAAGUUGAGCAUUGGGGGAUUCCUUUCCCUUAAAAUAUACUGAUGUUUGACUAGUGUCUUCAUAUCCUCUGCCGGGUAUUUGUAGCUGAAAGGGAAUAGCUGUUCAGUUCCAUUCUCUGGAGAGUCAGCGGUUACCUAGGGUCAUGGGGUACUGCAGUGGUUGCUGCAGUGGUUGUGACUCCUUCCAGGUUCCAAGAGCAGAUACCGCCCAUCACACAGAGUGUCCUGGCCACCUACGAGACUGAAGCUCUCCACAUGCCUUAUUCCCACACAUGCGCUGAGAAUGCUGGAACAAUCUGGCUCCAGGUAUAUUAAGAGACAUUUUGGAGACUGUCCACAAAAGAAUUAUUUUGUAAAAACGAUGCCUUUAAAACAGACAUUGAUGGGUUUUCUUGUUUUCUAAUAAUUUUGUUCUUAAUAAUAUUCACUUGUGGUUGAUUUUGAGAUUUAUGGAUAUUUAUAAGCCUGGCCUGUGUGAAUUUUUACUCUAAGCUGUGUGGCACCUUACUAAUAAAGACAUGGCUUUUCUACGUA